AUGGUCACCAUCAGCGAAGUUAAGGGGAGCGCUCGCGAUAGUCGUACCGCUGCGCAUACGCACAUCAAAGGUCUUGGUCUUCGCCCGGAUGGAACUGCAGAGAGACAUGCAAAUGGAUUCGUAGGCCAAGUUGCGGCGCGCGAGGCAUGUGGAGUCGUCGUCGACCUCAUUCGGGCACAGAAGAUGGCUGGCAGAGCUAUAUUACUUGCGGGAGGACCUGGUACGGGAAAGACAGCUCUCGCGCUGGCCAUCAGUCAAGAACUCGGCACCAAAGUUCCCUUCUGUCCCAUCACCGGCAGCGAAAUUUACUCGUCAGAGGUAAAAAAAACCGAGGCUUUGAUGGAAAACUUCCGGAGGGCGAUUGGUCUCAAGGUUCGCGAAACGAAAGAGGUCUACGAGGGUGAAGUCACAGAGUUGACACCAGAAGAAGCUGAGAACCCGCUCGGCAGCUACGGCAAGACCAUCAGCACUUUGCUGAUUGGGUUGAAGAGCGCGAAGGGCCAGAAGAAGUUACGCUUGGAUCCCAGUAUCUACGAAGCUAUACAAAAGGAGAGAGUCACAGUGGGAGAUGUCAUCUACAUUGAGGCAAAUACCGGAGCUUGCAAGCGUGUUGGCAGAUCAGAUGCAUACGCGACCGAGUUCGACUUGGAGGCGGAGGAAUACGUGCCAAUACCUAAGGGAGAAGUACACAAGAAGAAGGAGAUCGUACAGGAUGUUACGCUGCAUGAUCUCGAUAUCGCCAAUGCUAGGCCACAAGGAGGGCAGGAUAUAAUGAGCAUGAUGGGCCAGUUGAUGAAGCCAAAGAUGACGGAAAUUACACAAAAGCUUCGGGACGAGAUCAACAAAGUUGUCAACAAGUACAUUGAUCAAGGUGUCGCCGAGCUUGUACCUGGUGUUCUAUUCAUCGACGAGUGUCAUAUGCUCGAUAUUGAGUGCUUCACCUACCUGAACAAGGCUCUUGAGUCCAGCAUCUCACCGAUUGUCAUCCUGGCCUCAAACAGAGGUAUGUGCACGAUUCGUGGUACCGAAGACCUCGUCUCCGCACACGGCAUCCCGCCGGAUCUCCUGGCCCGUCUUCUGAUCAUCCCUACCAACGCAUACGAGCCGGAUGAAAUCAAGAAGAUCGUACGAAUCCGCGUGACUGUCGAGGGGCUAUCCAUAACCGAAGCUGCGUUGGACAAGAUUGCGGAGCAUGGGUCGCGGAUCAGCCUGAGAUAUGCACUACAGCUCCUCACGCCUUCAAGCAUUCUCGCGCGAGUUAGCGGUCGCAAUCAGAUUGAUGUCAUGGAUGUGGCAGAGUGCGAGGACCUAUUCAUCGAUGCCCGGCGCAGUGCAGCAAUCUUCAACAACGGCGAAACAGGAUCUGGGUUUAUCUCCACGGUAUUUGGCGUUGAGGAAUGUCUCGGAGCGUUUGUCUGGCCUGGCAGCUUUGAGUCGCCUGCGAAUCUGCGCCCAACCGGCUCUGGAGUGUUGGGUGCUUGCCGGGGCAGGAUCAUUGUUUUCCUGUUCAUCAAUGGGUAUUUCGUACAAAGAAAAUCCUCCACAAGAAGGCCAUUCAUACCCUUCUCUGGCUUCAUUCUUCUAUCCCCCCUCUCCCAGAUUCAGUAUCUCGACGAACUCUCGCAACGAGAUCGUCAGGACUACCACUACCACGGGACCAUGAUGUCCGUUACGACGGAGGUUCGACAUUCGAAUCUGGAUGCUCCACGGUCCCCAGUGAGCAUCUCGACCGAUUCAAGUCGCCGUGGUUCUUUGAAUCAGCUUCUUCCAGAGCAUCCUGAGCCACCGACCCCGAUUUCUCCGCCAACUAGUUUGACACGGAAGAGAGCGGCUUCCCUGAUCACUGACAUUGCGAACGAGCCCAGGAUAGGCGAGCUUGCUCUCAACAGUGCUAGCACCAACGGACCUGACCUGGCAAGAGAGCAAGUGUGUCUUUGUCAACCAGAUCCCAAAAUACCAAGACCUCGAAACGCUUUCAUUCUUUAUCGUCAACAUUACCAAGCCCAAGUCGUCGCCCAACACCCUGGACUUGCAAAUCCCGAGAUAUCGAAGAUAAUCGGAGAACAGUGGCGAGAACAAGCACCAGAAGUGAAGAGUGAUUGGAAGAGAUUAGCUGAAGAAGAGAAGCAACGCCAUCAGAGACAAUAUCCCGGCUAUCGUUACCAACCUCGACGUGCAGGGAAACUGGGUGGCAUCCGUCCAAUCUCGUCCUCCUCUGCCGACGUUCCUAUACGCUGUCCCAAGUGCAACGGUCGCUACAUAUCAACUCCAAGUACACCGUUGACACCUUUCACUCCAAGCUUCGGGGCUGCUCCACGAAACGAACGCACCCUGCCCCCUUUUACACAGUCACACCCGAACGAGCUUGAGAGAGCCCGAUACUCGACGCAGAUGCAGAACACGAGGAUGGACACCCCUCGUGUCAUUCCUAACCAUCAACAGUCCCUCCGCAGACCCCACUACCCACCACCGCAAUCUCAUCAAAGCCACCACGAGCGAGAUGAAGACCUGGACCUACCGAGCCCAUCUCCGGGCCUGAAGCGCAGGAGGUUCAACGAAGAAAACCACCGGGGCUAUGCCGCCAACUCUCCUUUGUCAUAUUCUGCUCCUCAGCCCUUCUCUCGGCAAGGCGCACCACCACCAAUGUCAGCCAUUUACAGACAGCAACUCCCAGGUCCAGCGAUGCUUACCCGCCAUGGCUCUAUGGGACCACCUCCCUCCCACUCCCCCAUAAACCAGCAACCCCGACACCAAUACUCAACCCGCUCUACCUUCGACGAAUCACUCCGCUUACCUCCUCUCCAAACGCAAAUGGUGAGUGCCACGCCCACGGCAUCCCAAAGACCAGAUUCCAGGAUGGAGAUCCGUGAAAUUCAUGCGAGGAGUGUGGAGGCUAUGGUCAUGACCAUCCCGUACAUUAGCAAGAUUAAAGUUCUCACAAAGAUCUCCCCACCUCUCGCACGGCCUGGCCCUCAAAGCCCUGCGCAGGAAACCCGCGGCGCAGUCGUCGCUAUUGAAGGGCCGGACAAGGCACUCCUCGCUGAAAUCGGCUCCUUCAUCAACGACUACCUCAGCAAAGACCCUACCUUCGCUCUUACAGCCUGGAGCACAACCGCUCAGGCCCCACAGCCUCACCCGGCCGAGAUCUCAGAGACGGAAACGACAGACACGCCAACAGUCGAUGUGCAAGAGCGAGACCCGUUCGUCGAAUACUUCUCCGUCAUCUCCGAGUGGCACAGGAAGUCCCUAGAAAUGACCAAAUACGUCACCACCGCCCCUCCUCCCCCAGCAGCCGAACCCGCCUCCGGCCUCGUCAAGACGAAAGUCCUACCCGUAGCUCUCGUACUAGGCGGUUUCUCACUGAGCACGUCCGACACUUUCGCUCUCCGGAUACCGAUUAACGAUUCCUACGCGCCGGUCGAUCACUGGCAGUGGAUGGCUACGUUGUGGCGCGGCAUCAUCGGUCCGGACUUGACGAUCUACGUCAAUCGCGUGGGCAGAGAUGAGCUGAACAAGUACAGUGGGGUGGAUGUGCGCAGCGAUUGCCCUUGUAUCGUAGUUAGGGUUCCAGAGGGCCCGGCGAAGAUGGACGAGAAGACGGCGAGGAGAUUAGGGUUUGAGGUUGUGGAGUUUGUGCGGAAUGUUGAGAGUGGGUUUAGGAGGCCGUGA